AUGGGUGUACCGUCGACACAGGCGUCCAACGCCCUCAUCUAUCUAACCUAUGGAGCCUUCCUAGUAACAGGAUGCUACAUCGCAUGGCGCCUGCGACACCAGUCGAAGACAGAAUGGCUUUCGGCCAACAAGACACAGAAGGGCGUUCCACUGGCCCUGAACUUCAUCGCAUCGGCCUUGGGAUCUGGUAUUCUAUUUACCUAUCCGCAAAUUGCGACUAUAGCCGGUGUGCAGGGCUUGAUCGUCUACGCACUAUCAUCAUCUCUACCUCUCCUCAUCUUCGGCGCCUUGGGGCCAAUCAUUCGACGCAAAUGUCCUGAAGGGUUCGUCCUUACCGAGUGGACGCGGCAGAGAUAUGGUCCAGUUGCUGGAAUUUUCCUGAGCAUCUGCACCCUCAUCACAAUCUUCCUCUACAUGGUUGCUGAGCUUUCUGCUCUCCAACAGAUUGUCAACGCAUUGACGGGGCUGAAUGGGCUUCCGGCUGUCAUCGUACAAUGUGCAAUCACAACGAUUUACACAUCCGCUGGUGGCUUCAAAGUCUCCUUUGUCACAGACAAUAUCCAGGGUGCCAUGGUCUGCGGUCUCAUCGUCCUGGGAGUUAUCUCAGUUGGCGUAGAAACCAAAAUUGACCGCAGCCUGAUUGACCGUUCCGGGUAUCUGGAGCCAUCCCUCCUCGGUUGGCAACUGAUCUACAUCCUCCCGGUAGCCAUCCUCACUAACGACUUCUUCCUCUCCGGAUUUUGGAUGCGCACCUUCGCCUCUAGAACCGACAAGGACCUCUGGAUUGGCGUCAGUAUCGCAAGCGUUGCCGUAUGCAUAAUUCUCACUCUCGUUGGUGUCACAGGGCUCCUGGCCGCCUGGUCUGGCGCUUGGCCUCUGGAUGAUGCAGAGAACGGAUACCUAGCCUUCUUCCUCCUGCUGGGCCAACUUCCGGCCUGGGUCGUCGGCGUCGUUCUAGUCAUGGUGGUUUCUCUCUCCACAGCGGCCUUCGACAGUCUCCAAAGCGCCAUGGUUUCGACCGGAAGCAACGACCUCUUCCGCAACAAGCUGAACCUCUGGAUCAUCCGCGCUCUGGUCGUCGUUCUUAUCGUCCCCGUCGUGGUGGUAGCGCUGAAGAGCCCGGACAUCCUGCAGAUUUUCCUGAUCAGCGAUCUUGUCAGCGCGUCCGUGAUUCCUUGUCUCGUCCUUGGACUCUCGGAGAAACUGUACUGGUGGCGUGGAUUCGACUUUGUGGUUGGUAGCUUGGGAGGUAUCUUCACCGUCUUCCUCUUUGGGUUGGUGUACUAUGAUGGCGACGCUACGUUGGCGGGGAAAUUGAUCUUGCUUGAAAAUGGAUUGUAUGCCAAUGAUUGGAGCGCGUUCGGCGCAUUCGUAGCUGCCCCGAUUGGCGCCCUGCUCUGGGGUUUUGGAGCAUGCGGCUUACGUAUUGCGACGCUCUACCUCCUCUCCAGAAUCAGGGGCCAUCCGUUCACUGCCCUGGAUAGGCCCGUACCAAGGGAAGCCUAUGUGGAGGAGCGGGAGAGGGAAGAGGAUCUGGACCAGGUGAGGGUGCUGGAAGAGACGGACUCGGCGAAGAAGUAUGGGAGGUUCUUUUAG